AGCGACACAGUGGCGUGCUACUGCUACUGCUACUGCUACUGCUACUGUUACUAUCAUUAUUAGUGGACGAUCAUUCCAGCGCCACACAACGAGCAGAGCUCAUCUUUGUUUUUCUUCCUCCUCGCAUCCGCCUCCAGCGGCUCAAACGCUUCAUAAGAAGAAUCUGAUUGCGCUACUCUGUUGUUGGUCGUUACGGCGGUCCUGGACGUAUUCGGACACACGGACGCAUAGUACUCAGUACGACUGCCUUUUUUCUCUCUUGUUCUUUUAUUGGUUUGUUUGCCAGCACACAUGUCCAAAAUCAAUGCCACGUACAGCUCCGGCUACUACAUCGCCCCUGAUGUCGACUUCCGUAAGCUGGAGGAGCAGCAGCGCCAGGAGAGGCGAGGGAAGCGGCGACAGCCCGGUGCCGACGACGCCGCCGACGACGACAAUGUGAAGCGGCAAACCUUUGCCAUGCCUUUCGACCUCAUCUGCUUGCACUGCAACCGUCGCAUCGCACGCGGCAGCCACGUCUACACCAACCGCCGCGCGACGAAUGAGCGCUACCUCGACAGCAUCCGCAUCUGGGAGCUGGAGAUGCUGUGCCGGUUUUGCAAGGAGAAGUACUACCUGCGCACCGAUCCGGAGACGCCCAAGGACACGGGCGGGUACAUUUGCCUUAAGGGGUGCAAGCGUGUGGAGGGCGACUUCUACGAUCUGAACAAGCAGAACCAAGAAGCCCGGGAGGAGUGGAAAAAGGCGAAGGCGGAGGCGGAGCUGGACCCGCUCGCGGCGCUGGAGAAGGAGAACGAGGCCGCCCGUCAGCUGGAGGAGCGCAAUCGCCAGAUUGAGGAGGAAGUCGAGCAGCAGGCAGAGCACGACGACAGGGACCUUCUGACGAUGCUGCGCAGCCGACCACGGCGGCACGCGACGCUGGGCGAUGCGAACAGCAGUCACCACAGUGAUGAUGUGAGUGAUGGCGAUGGUGACCCAGACACUCCCUCGGCACCAGCAAAACCUCCGAUCUCGUCGACCGGCCUACCACCAGCACCGACCUCAAACUUGAUCAACGCAGAUAAGGACGGCACCGGUGAGUUCGGCGGUGCGGAGGACGUCGACAACGACGACGCUGGCGAAGACGCAGACGAGCGGAGCUACCGCGAAUUUGAGGAAGACAUGGACCGGCGCUGGCGAGCUCUGGAGCGGGAUCAGCGUGCGCAGCGCCGCAGGGAGCAGGAAAGCGUGAGUGCGAAGUCGACCGUGCAGGAAAGCGAGGUGGAUCGUGUGCUGGCCCGCUACGGCGGUGUGCGUCAUGCGCCGCCUUCGACAGCAGAGAACGGCACUCUGGCGGGGACGGCGCCGGCUCUCUCCACAGAAAUCAGCGGUCUGACGGUGAAGGACGACUCUAGAGUGGCAGAGGGGUCAGCUUUCACGGCAUCCGCAGUGCCGUCGGUGCGCCGCAAUAAAUUUCUCGUUGCGGUUGAAGAGGGGGACGAUGGCCCCGAUGCGGCGUGGAGGGCGCCGAUGACACGGCCCGCUACCGCGGUGGUGGCGCCGGUCUCGACGGUCGCCACGGCGGCCACUCAUGGAGUGUCUUCCCAAUCACGGGUUGGAGGCAGCGCUCUCCUGCGCAACCUUGUUGACAGCGACAGCGACGACGACGACGGCGAUGCUGAUGCCAGCACAUGA